GCGGGGACGGUAAAAAGAAGGCUGUAGAUCCAACGGUCGAAAAAGGUCGAUGGGAGGUUAAAAAAAGGAAAAAAACGCUGCUGUCCAGGGCCACAAUACGUAACUCCUGCCUCCGUCGUUUGCCACGUUGCGGCAAAGUGAGAGCUGGUGGGUUUAAGCUCCCAGCGAGGCGGCUGCGAGUGAGAGAGAGACGAGAGCACACAGGUUAUUGGGCGUUAUAUAUGUUAAGUUUUGGGCUAUAUGUAUAGCUCUCUUACUGCCGCUUAAGCUCUCAUCUCUCUAUCUCCAUCCCUCUCGAUUCCUCUUCGUGUUCAUCGUCUCUGUUAAUCUUUGAAAGCGCGUGUCUGAUAUCAGGUGUUCGUGUGAUCUGAGGAUAAUGGGAAGUAACAGCAAUGACAAACUUACUAAAAUUGAUGAUGUUGAAGGUUCUGAAACAACCAUUGAAAUAAAAAUAAAGACAUUGGAUUCUCAGACUUACACUUUGAGAGUGGACAAACAGGUGCCUGUACCUGCUCUGAAAGAGCAGAUUGCUUCUGUCACUGGAGUUGUGUCAGAACAACAGCGUCUUAUAUGCCGUGGGAAAGUUUUGAAGGAUGAUCAACUCCUCUCUGCCUAUCAUGUCGAGGAUGGUCAUACAUUGCAUCUGGUAGUCAGGCAACCAGUUCCACUGUCAUAUGAUGGUCAUCCUAGUCAUUCAGUAAAUGAUACUGCACCAGGUGCAGACCUUCGUCAUGGGGUCCAGGUAAGCCCCAGUGUUGUAAUUGAAACUUUCAACCUUCCAGAUCAAGGUGAUGGAGUUCCACCAGAAAUCAGUCGGAUUGUUUCUGCUGUCCUUGGAUCUUUUGGAUUCUCAAAUACUGGGAGUGGUGGUACUGGGUUUGAUUUCAGGGAACAUGGCCCACAAAGAGGAGAAAGAGCGUCUGGUGCCAGUGGCGUGCUGGUUUCAACCCAGCCACAAGCUGAACAAGCUAGCAUGAUGGUUCAGUCUGAUAGAAUACACAGUGCAUUUACAGUUCCAUCAACAGCUCCUUUGGGGCCUCUGCAGCCUCCAGUGAUUCAUGAUUCUUUGACUACUUUGCUGCAAUAUCUAGGUGUAAUGAGGCGUGAAUUUGAUGGCAUUGUUAGAGAAGGUGGAAACAAUGCUCAAGUAGCUACGCUGCAUGGCACUGAAGGAAGAAAUCCGAAUUCAAUGUCACAUUCAGGAACUGUACGGGAAGGGCUCCCAACACCUGCAUCUUUGGCCGAAGUGAUGUUAUCUACUAGGCAAAUGCUCAUUGAACAAAUUGGAGAAAGCCUACUUCAACUUGCACGGCAAUUGGAGGAUCAAGCAGCUGUUACUGAUACCUCAAUGCGAACGGGCAUGCAGUCGAAUGCAUGGAGAAGUGGAUAUCUAAUCCAUAAUCUUGGUGCUUUUUUUCUUGAACUUGGUCGUGCAACUAUGACUGUGCGAUUAGGUCAAACACCGUCUGAAGCUGUGGUUAAUGCUGGACCUGCCGUUUUCAUAUCUCCAUCUGGUCCAAAUCCUCUCAUGGUUCAGCCUCUUUCUUUUCAACAUGGAGCUGGAUUUGGUACCAUCCCCAUGGGUAAUGUACAGUCUAACUCUGGUUCGAGUAAUGGCCGUGGCUCUGGAUUUCUUCCUAGGCGCAUUGAUAUACAAAUACGGCGGGCUUCAGGUUUGCCAACAUCAAAUGUUAACCGAGAGGAACGUGGGGACACUCAGUUGUCUUCAGGGCAAAGAAACUCAUCUAUUACCUCUGCUGGUGAAAAUCGUGGUGGACAAACAAUUCCUGGGGUCUUGGAGAAUCCAUCUUUUACUGGAGAAUCUGUGCGGGUAGUGCCACUUAGGACCAUGGUUGCAGCAGUACCUGCCUCCUUCAGUGGACUCCCUUCGGAAUCAUCUGGGCAUUCUGUGGGAUUAUAUUAUCCAGUCCUCGGAAGAUUUCAACCUGCAGCUUCUGGGCACAUUGGCACUGAACGAGGAUCUCAAGCAUCUAAUGAGCAUCUUUCUGCCAAUGCUCGACCUGGACAGCAGGUUCCUCAAUCUGCAGAUCAACAACAAAUCAGUGGAAAUCGUGCAAGAUAUGGAGCAUUUCCACAUUCAGAUUCAUCAUAUCUGGAGCCAUCUAAUCCUCGAGGUGCCAGUGUUAACGUUGUGUCAGCUGGUGGAACCCAAAGCAGUCAAGACCCUGAGAGACAGAUUCCAAGCAGCAUCUUUCAGUUUCUGAGGGCACUUUUUCCUGGUGGAGAGAUCCAUGUAGAGGAUCCCAACAUACAUGGAACAGCUCCUAGAAGUGACUCGGGUCAUGGAGUCACAUCUGAUGCUUCUCCAGAAGCGGAACCAAGUGUCACCGAUGAGGGGCUAUUUCUGUCUAAUUUACUUCAGCAGAUCAUGCCCUUGAUUUCACAAAAUUCAGGCACACAACAGAAUGCUACUGAGCAGAGAAUGACUCAAGACUCUUCCACCCAAGCUGAGAAUUCCAGCGCUGGGACAUCACAGCAUCAUGGCGAUUUUGAAGAGGGCCCUCCAAACCCGAAACGCCAAAAGACGGAGUGAUUUAUCUCGAGGAGCAGGACUUCGAAGAUGAUGCCAGCGGUUAUGAUCAAGCAUUUCGCUCUUACUGUGAAUAUUAAGCCAUUAUUAUAGAAGAUAGCAUUGUUGUUUGCUGCAAUGGAAAGCUUAGUAUAUAUAUAUAUAUAUAUAUAUAUAUACCCUUCUUCCAAUUUAAAUAAUGGGAUGCUGUAACAUUUUUAGGGUUAUGAACAAUUUCUUUGUAUCAUUUGUUUUACCUUCACCUAAAUUUUAUCAUAUCAUUUUUGCAUAACUUCAAA